UUUAUUGUUCUUUGAGUGUUUCUGAACGAAGCAUCAUGCCUGAACCAGCAAAGUCUGCCCCCAAGAAGGGCUCGAAGAAGGCCGUCACCAAAACCGCUGGGAAGAGUGGGAAGAAGCGCAAGAGGUCCAGGAAGGAGAGCUACGCUAUCUAUGUUUACAAAGUUCUGAAGCAGGUUCAUCCCGACACCGGAAUCUCUUCCAAGGCGAUGGGAAUCAUGAACUCAUUCGUCAAUGACAUCUUCGAGCGCAUCGCCGGUGAAGCGUCUCGUCUUGCUCACUACAACAAGCGCUCCACCAUCACAUCAAGAGAAAUCCAGACCGCCGUGCGUCUUCUGCUGCCUGGGGAACUGGCCAAACACGCCGUGUCUGAGGGCACAAAGGCUGUGACCAAAUACACCAGCUCAAAGUAAAGUGACAUCUCAUCUGAUCAGCGAACCCAAAGGCUCUUUUAAGAGCCAUCCAUAUUAUCUUUCAAAAGAGUCCUGAUCUUACACUGUUCUCCAAACGCAAAAAUUUCUUGUCAGUAAGUCGGUGCCCAGCAAGCAAUAGCCGUCAUUUCACCGUCUCGGUUAACUAUAGACCCGAUAUAGUCCGGCUAUGUGUAACCCACUUUUAGCCGAAAUAAUCAUUCAUUUGUUUACAUGUCGUUUUUGCCUAAAUAACUUGCGAUAUGUAUGAUAUUGCAUUAUCAAAAGUGAACAGUGAUUACAAAGUCCUAUAUCAAAGUCAACCGUGAUUACAACUACAAGGUGUUUGGUUUCAUAUCUUUGACAUGUUAUAUUUCGUAGGUUGUGCGUAGCCAUGAUUUAGCUCGUAGUCAGACCGGCUAUUUGUAGUGCACCUAUAGUCAAUCCUGAUUUGUUGUAGUUUUUGGACAGGAAGUGCUUUAGAUGGUUGAUAUCUCAUCAUGUCAAUAGCAAUGUCAAUGAUUUCUAGAAGAUAUAAGUGGCAUUUCAUGACAUGGUCUAUAUAUAUAUAAAUGCAAGUAUAC